AUGCCGAUUCUGAAGCGCUCAUCAUAUUACGAGAACGAUUACCGGCAAUCACCCGCCCUCAUUCGAGCACGUCGGCCCUAUAUCUUCAAGAAUGCGAUCACGGGUGUUGCCAUCAUGAGCUUUGCACUCGGCGUCUUUGCAUUUACUCUCAAGGCCGUCGGCCAAGAUACGUUCGAGGAUGUUGUCGUUCCAGAUGCCACGAGUCAGCCACCUAAGACGCCCAAUGUGCAGGCCGGAGGGCGGUAG